UUGGAGGUUGUCUAAUGUCACCUCGUCCUCAAAAAUGGCAACAAACCGGUUGAGUUUUGUUUUGCGGACGCAGUUAAGAUUAAGUUGUCUCAGAAACAGAUGGCAACAACUUAGAAAGGAGACAAACAACUUGAAUGGGCGAGGAAGUUGUUAUAGGAAGUUACUGGUUCCCUUUAUGACAGGAAAUGCUUUUUAUGCUUUUACCAUACCAGGAUUCAGCUGGGGUAAAAAGGAAGAUACUGAAAAACCCAAAGAAGGAAAAGGUGUUUUAGACAAAACACAGCAGAUCCUGGUUGAGGCAGAUCGACUUUACUCAGAAAAUGAGGCACUAGCAUUGUACGACUACCUUAUUGAGUUUAAAGAUAUGGAGAAUGAUGAGAUAUUAUGGAGACUAGCGAGAGCAGCUGUAGAUAAAGGGAAACUCUCAAAAAAUGAAACAGAGAAGAAAGCUUUAUACUACGAGGCGUAUGGUUACAUCACAAGAGCACUUGAUCUCAACCAAGCAAACUUUGCAGUUCAUAAGUGGUAUGCUAUACUACUUGACUACACUGGGGAACUUGAAGGCAACAAACAGAGAAUUACAAAUUCAAUAAAAGUUAAAGAACACUUUAUGAAAGCAGUUGAGCUCAACCCAAAAGAUGCCACAUCAAUACAUUCUUUAGGACAGUGGUGUUUUACUUUUGCUGAUAUGUCUUGGUAUCAGAGAAAAAUUGCUGCAGUGAUAUAUAAAUCUCCGCCCUCGUCCACCUAUGAAGAGGCUUUGAAAUACUUUUUACAAGCAGAGGAAACGGAGCCAAACUUUUACAGCAUGAACUUACUGAUGUUGGGAAAAACGUACAUGAAGCUUCGUGAUGCUGAGAUGGCAGUUACCUACCUUGUAAGAUGCAAAGAUUAUCCAGUAAAAACACCAGAUGACCAAAAGGCAAAUGAUGAAGCAAGGUCUUUUUUGAAUAUCCUGAUGCAAAAACAUGAUCAAAAUACAAAGAAAGCAGAAUCAGCCAAAUGAUGAUACAUGAUGUCUGAUGCCCAUGAUGAAGCUAUUCAUUUACUGAAAGUUCUGGGCGUGCAUAACAAACCUGGUCUCGAGAAAUUGGUUAAAUGAGUCAGGACAGUGUUGUGCCAUUUGGUUUGUUUAUAAUAUAAAAAUAAUACACAAAAACACAAGGCAAAUAUUUUUUUUUGUUCAGUGCUUUCUAAAUUGUAUUUAUUUUACACAUUCAGUAGAACAAGUGCUUUAGAAUGGAUUUUGUUAAUGUCAUAUUGUGAUAAGAAUCAAUUUGUAUUGUGAAACUGUAAUGUGUGUGUAUUAAAAUAAAGGUUAACACAUUGGUUUAAUGAUCAACAUGGUUUUCUUAAAACUGCCAUUGGAGCAAGUUAAGUGCAUGACAAAACUUCAUAGAUUCCUUGGACUGGCAAUGUAAUAGUGAAUAAUAGUGGAACAACUUUGAAGGGGCCAAGGACAGUAUUUGGUCAGUCUAUAUGACCCUUGAAAUAUACUAUGUUUAGUUGAUAUGUUAAACUGUAUCAUACCACAACUCACAGCUUAUGUCUCCCACGUGUUUGUACUUAUAACAACUUCUCCACAUGAUGAGUCCUCACCAAACUUGGUCAGAAUGAUCCUUGCAUAGAUCUCUGUCAGUAUUAAUGAAGUGGUUGUGCUUGGGCUGUUUUAGGGGCUAUUAGAGCUAAAAAUAGAUUAAACUUCUUCCUUUCAUGAACCACAAUAGCUGUUCACCAAACUUGGUCUAUAGCAUCUUUGUAUGGUCCUCUGGCACAUUAUUGCAAAUGGUUUCAACUUAGGUUCUAACGAUAGUUGCCUUAAAAUUACUUCUUCUCAUAAACAAUUUGAUAGAUCAUCACUGACUGGUUGAUAGCUUCCUUGAACGGUCCUUUCAGCUUUCUUCAAAUGGUUCUGCUUGCUUCUGCUUGGCCCCUUUAGGGGCUGCCAGAGCUAAAUACCUGAAGUAAUAUUGAUUUGUGUUCUUGAAAGAUAUUGAACAAAUUUAUUGUAAAUCUUCAUGAAUUCAAACAGAGUAUAUGUUUGUAUUGUUUAUUUAUUUUCAUUGUGUAGUUGUUGUUAAAAUUUCUGUUUGAUUAUUGAAACACAAGGAAGAAUUCUGUAAGGUUAUAGUUAUUGUAUAAUGUGUUGUUAUUUCGCCAGAAAGAAUGAAAGAACAUCAUGCAUUUGUAACCACACAUAAUAUUGUGUGAAAGGGUCGGUUAAACGUAUUUUUUUUAACUUGUAUAUCUGAAGAAAUGAAGGCACUGUUAACAAAUAAAAUCAGCUUAGAUGGAAUGAAAAUUGUAUCGUAUGCUGGAAUCAAAAUAAAGAUUAAAUACAGAACAUUUUCUCUGGAAAGAAAGAAUACCAUACACAAUACAAAUUGAGUCACCCGCUAUUUGGUAACAUCUACAAGAUACAAUUAUUUUUAUGCCCCCCAAAGACGCCCGCAUUGUCAAUCCAUGUGCGUUAGCAUCCAUCUGUACAUCAUUUUAAAUUCUUGUCCUGGCUGUAACUCUGCCAUCCAUAAAGGGCUUUUGAAAUUAUUUUAGCAUAAAUGUUCUCUGAAAUGAGACAAUGUUUCAUGUGCAAGAUCCAGACCCCUAGCUCCAAGGUCAAGGUAACACUUAGAAGGCAAAGGUUAAUCAUGGUCUGUUUCUUGUCUCGUCCAUAACUCUGCCAUUUAUCAAGGGAUUUUAAGAUUACUUGGUACAAAUGUUCCCAAAAAUGAGUUAAUUUAAUGAGCACAGACAAUUGUAGCAUUCUUGGGCAUGCUUCGGGGGCUUUUGUCACGUAUAGUGACAGCUCUUGUUUGUUUAAUAAAAAUGAAAAAAACAGCUUUACAAAUAGAAAAGAUAAAUUAUAGCUACAUUUACACUCAGGAAUUUUGUUUAGACAAUGUGCCUUUGUAAGUAGAAAUUAUCUUGGUUUGUGUAAUGAAACAUGUACAGUUUGUGUUGGCAUAGUUGUAAACACUGUAGUUUUAAAAUUCUCUAAAAAUCUGCUGGUCAGACAGCUUUUUUAUUAUCAAAUAACAAGGUUUUGCUUAUAUACCUCACCAGUAGCUGUGAAAACUGUACACUUCCAGAUGAAGAUACAGCCGUGUUUCAUUCUGCAGUGUUACGUCAUUUGAAAAUAUAUGAACUGCGCCAUGAAAGUGCGUUUGCGACCAGCAUGCACAUCUGCACAGUCUGGUCAGGAUCCAUGUUGUUCGCUUUCAAAGCCUAUUGCAAUUAGAGAAACCAUUAGUGAACAACAUGGAUUCUGACCAGACUGCGUGGAUGCGCAGGCUGGUCUGGAUCCAUGCUGGUCGCAAACACACUGUUGGUUUUCUUAUGGCAUGGCUCAUAUUAUUUCUUUUGGAACUAUGUUUACUUCUUUUUAUAUGUCGAUCAUUGUACAAAAAUUGAGCACAUCCAUUUUAAGGGUAGAGAAUAAUUCCUCUUGUUCAUAAUAUUAGAUAUUGUCAAAUCAUUGAAUUUCAUGGACUAGGCAAAAACAUCCAUUUUAUUGGAGUAUAGAUAUAUGAAUUUCAAUCUU